AUAGAGUAAGGAAUUUAUAUAUACUUAAAUCAUUGUUCUUAAAAUAUAAUCCCUCAUUUUGAUAAAUCGUACGAUUUUAAACUUCUAUAAGGUUCGGUGGUUGGGUAAUAAAACAUGUUUUUACAUCCACUUGAUGAAAUGGGAAGUAGAUCAAGUCUCAGCAGAGAUGACAUAGGUGAUAUGGAUCAAUGGGAAAUGAAUUUUCACGAAGCUGCUAUAUUCUUAGAGGAAGGUGCAAAUAAUGAAAAAUUUGACUCACAUCCGCGACACCCCGCUGCGCUUCCCGCCUAUCUUUUAGUGCACAAUUCCUGGUAUUAUGGAUUCGAUCUAUUAUUUUCCUUGAUCCUCCUACUUUUAGCAUUAGUCGAAAAACCAUCAUUGGAUAACUUUGAAUUCCCUGUUGGAAUACACAGUAUAUUAGAAUUAGUAGCCUUGGGUGGUAUAGGUGUGGAGUUGAUGCUAAAAUUAAGAUGGAUAGGCUGGAGAACAAUUUUGAAGCAUAAAAGGACAAUGGUUAAGUGUGUCACGCUUUCUAUAAUGGUUCUGGAAGCGAUAACUGUUCUAGUACGUCAGUCUUCACACUUUCGGGUAACUAGAGCGCUUAGACCCAUAUUUUUAGUGGAUACUAGAGCUUGCGGUGGAGUACGUCGAUACAUUAGACAAAUAUUACAAUCUCUCCCGCCGAUUAUCGAUAUGUUGGGACUGUUGAUGUUUUUUGUGUGCUCGUACGCUUUGUUAGGAUAUUUCCUGUUUAGUGGACAUGACUCAAAUCUUUAUUUCAAGACGUUGGAGGAUAGUUUUGUUAGUAUGUUUGUCCUAUUGACGACAGCUAAUUUUCCUGAUGUUAUGAUGCCUUCUUAUGCAAUUUCAAAAUGGACUGCUGCGUUUUUCAUCUCCUACAUUUCUACUGUACUGUAUGUACUAAUGAAUUUGAUGCUUGCUGUUGUUUAUGAAACCUUCACUGGAAUUGAAAAGGAUAAAUUUCGAAAAUUACUUUUACAUAAAAGACAAGCGUGCAAACUUGCCUUUAGACUUCUUGUUAGUAAACAAACUCCGAAUCAUAUCAGGUUUAAACAAUUUCACGGAUUGAUGCGAUACUACUCGCCAAAAACACGUUUUAGGGAUGUAGUUUUGAUGUUUCGCCAAUUGAACAAAUCGAAUACUGGUCAAUUGACACAGGAAGAAUUUUUGGAUGUUUACGAUUCUUUAACAUUGAAAUGGAGAAAUAAAACGCCGUUAGAUCCUUGGUUUUCGGCAGCUUGGCCACCUCUGAGAACAUUCUGUCGAGCUGCAAAGAGUUUGGUUACUUGGAGAUUUUUUGAACACAUAAUUUAUAUUUUGAUAAUAGCGAACGGUAUUGCCAUGUUUAUCAGAAUUAUGGAAAGUUCGGAUUCUUUAGAAGAAGGCGCGAAACUAUUUUGCGGUUCUUGGGACACUUAUCUUUUUUUGAUAUUGUUUUUAGUGGAAAGUAUACUUAAGAUAAUUGGUUUGGGUUGGUCGGAAUACAUAUCAUCCGGAUGGAAUAUUUUCGAUUUAUCAGUGACGCUCUUAGCAUUUUUCGGUGCUGUUUUACUAUCUAUGAUCCCUAGUUUAACCGUAGUUGUUAUAUUGAGACCAUUAAGAUUGUUAAGAUUAUUUAAACUCAAAAAACGUUACCGUGACAUUUUCGGUACUUUGGUACUACUUAGUCCACUUAUGUGGUCGACUGGUAUAGUUAUGAUGGUUAUGUAUUAUUUUUUCGCUAUAAUCGGUAUGGAAUUGUUUUCUCCUUACCAUUUAAAAAAUUGUUGCGUGAAUACCACCGUUGAAGAUUUCUACAAAUCUAAUGGUACAUCCAGUGGUAUCGGUUACUAUUAUUUAAAUAACUUUUCAAAUUUGUUGAUAUCUGGAGUUACUUUGUUCGAAUUGACUGUGGUUAACAAUUGGUUUAUUGUUAUGGACGCUUACGCUUCCGUAUCCAGCAAAUUUUCUAGGUUGUAUUUUAUGUUGUUCUAUUUAUUCACCAUGGUUGUUUUGACUAUAGUUGUGGCGUCCGUAUUGGAAGCGUUCAGAUUCAGGAUACAGUACAAACAACAAACUUCCAAGAAAGAUGAGGAAUUGAUGCUACACGAAGAAGUAAUUGUCGAUUGGAAUUCAUUGCAAACUCAAGUGCAAGAAGUAAGACUUUUGGAAUCACUCCAAACAGACUUUGUUGUAGGUGGAGUGGUAGCUUAUAUAGGAAGACGAAGAAGAACCAGGGAGGUCCUUCAACGUCACAUGUACGCGACGGAAAUAAAACAGUGGUUAGAAGAAGCAGAAAAUGAAGAAAGAAAUGAUAUAAACAUGAUCAUAGAAGAGGCACAGAUUAAUGCUAGAUUAAUAUCAGCUUAAAUUCAAUUUCACAAAUUUUAAAAGGUACGUUUUAAUAUUUUAACAAAUAGGUUCAAAUCUAAAUGUUUCUAGUCCUUUUUUUGUUACCGUAUCUUUUAAAAUUGUAUUUAGAUCCUUUUUUAUUUCACUUGUGAAACAAAUUUUUCUAAAUAAUGAGAAUUUACUUAAAAAUAUUAAGGAUACGUUUACAGGUGUAUGAAUCCUGUUACAUCAUUCAUUUUGAUUUAUUUUUUCUUUGCAAACUGUGAAAAGUAUUAAAAAGUGAUGAAAGUAUGUGAUAUAAUGAAUAAAUCAAAUUUGAAAGGUGAAAAAGGAAAAAAAAUGAAGAAUAAAAGGAAGAGAUAAAAAGGAUAAUUUAGUGAAUGAUAAAGAAGGCAAUGACUGAGAAGUGAUUAUGUGAAGAAUAAGAAUUAAAAAAUAAGUAGAAAGAUAAGAAAAAGUAACUGAUAGAGAUGAAAUUGGAGAAAAUAUGGCAAAAAAGAAAACAACUAAGAAAGUGAAGAAUAAAAUGAAUGAAAGAAGAAUGAUAGUAAACUAGAGAAUGAUUUAUAGAAAAAGGAUAUUUUAGUGAAUGAGAAAAAGGAACCGACUGAAAUAAAGGUGUGGAAAGUAUAAUAAAAAGGGAAGAAGUGAAAAUGUAAAGAAAAAUGAUUGAAAGAUUGAAAAGGAAAGAAAAGGUGACUGAUAAAGAUGAAGUUGAAGAAAAUGUCACAAAAGAAGCAGGAGAGUGGAAUAAAAGAAAAGAAAGAAGAAGGAUAGUAAGUUAAAGAAGCAUUUAUAGAAAAAGGAUAUUUCAGUGAAUGAGAAAAAGGAACCGAGGGGAAGAAAUGAAAAUGUAAAGAAAAGUGAUUGAAAAAGAGUAAAACGAAAGAAAAAAAAAAUAGGAAAGUGAAGAAUAACAGGAAUGCAAGGAAAAGGAUAGUUAAGUAGAGUCGUAAAUGAGAAGGAUUUAUAGAAUAAGAAUUGUUAACGAGAAAAAAGGAAUUGAAGUAAAGCUCAAGAAAAUAUAAUAAAAAGACAAGAAGUGAAAAUAUGGAAAAAAGUAAUUGAAAGACAGUAAAAAGAAAAAGUUAUUCUUGUAUUUGUAGUGAAAUCAUUAGGAUGUUUAACAUUAUAUGGUCAAAUACGUUUGCAUUGUAGGUAUUAGAACCCCAAAAAAUCUCAAUGUAUCUGUAUUUCACAUGGUAGACCAUUUAAACAGAUUUUUUAUUCCUGUUAUGUACAGUAUUUUGAACUAUAGUAUUUUUUUUAUAUUAGGAGGAGCAUUUUAAGAAACUCAAAUCCCACCAAAAGUUACAAAAUGAUGAAAUAAUUAUAAAUUAGUCUUUUUGUAGGGUAAACUUUAGUACUUGAAGUAGUAUCUGACACCCCCUUUAACAUUAACCCUGACAAGAAUAUUUCUAUAAAUAAAUAAUGUGAAUACAAGUAAUAGAAGGCCAUUCUUCUAAACCAACUUUGGAAUUCCUGCUGGGUUGAAAAAACUUCAGUUACUUAAUAAACUAUUUUGGUUUCUAUUGCUGUCACAUUCUGGUUUAAUACCGAAGUAUAUCCAAUUCGUUUUUUUCGCUUUGGCUACCUCAUAUUUUACUUUUGUUUUCUGUUAUUUGUUUUUUUCAUAGUUUUCUAUUGUUCUGAUUGCCAAAGUCUUUAUCAAAUAAAGACCCAAAGAAAAGUCGAAUCGUUAAAAUUUAUCAUUUAGAUGCAUAUAUAUAUAUAUAUAUAUAUAUAUGUCUAACAUAACAAUUUUCCCUAAUUCAAUUUUCACAAUACAUCUUUCUCGUCAAGUUUAUAUAUAGAGGGGCAGCUAUUUUCUUAAUACAUUUUUUUCGUUACUAUUACUAUUUUCAUAAAACUUUAACCUAACCUAACGCAUCUUUCAGUUUGUGUUCAAACUCAUCUGGUUUCACUGAAUCACUACCCAUUUUCUAAUCACUUAUGAUCACGACUCGCAGAAAAAGUGGUUUGAGGCAGAACUAAAAGCGAUUUACGAUGAAAAUAAAACGCGACAGACUUUCUCUUAUAUUAGCUGUUAAACAAAUGACUGCUAGUAAGAGUUUCUGUCAACUCCCUACGUAGUCGGUAGACUCCCGGCUUUCGAUAGAUCGUCCUUCAAAUUGCCGGUUGUUUGUCAACUCCCUAGGCAGUCUGUAGAAUGCUGGAUUCUACCAAUUCCAAUAAAGAAAGUGUACAGUUCUGGGAUGAGUGAUUACCAUGAUCAAAUCGUUACUUUUGAUUUAAAUUUUGUUUUAACUACUGAAUAUUGUUUCCGAAAAAAAUUUGUUUCACUAGGAAAUUGAUCAUUUUAAAUUGUUCGUUAUAGUUUACAAACUAUAGUAUGUAAGAAUGAAUUUUAUUGAUAACUAUAAAGAUAUUUUAUUGAAUGUAGAUACCUAAUAUCCCAUAGCUAUUUAUUUUUUUAGUAUUUACUAAAUGUGAUAUAAACUAAUAAUAAACUAGUUUUAAUGGUAGCUGUAAGUAGAGGUUGUGUAUACAACAACAAAUAAUAUAUUUUAAGUGUUAAUCUUUUAACAUUUCAGUAUUAAUCUUGAUUUAUAACCAGUUUUACUUUUUUUAUAUCCAGUAAUUGAAUCUAUAUAAUUUGAAAAUAACCUGAACUAUUCGGCUAAAGAUCUUCCUCUUUGAUAAAAUGCAUUUUAGUAACAGUACUGAAAUUUCAGGAAUAUUAUUUUUCUUUGUACAAAAAAAUUAAUUCACAAGUUUUUAUUUCUAAUGAAAAUUAUAAACUCCAACUUAAGCUUGGUUUAUGCAACCAAAAUUAAAACUAAAUUAAAAUAACAUUAAACUAAACUUUCUUGUUGGUAAUUUUUUGAUUUAUGUAAUUAAAGAUAAUUAUAAAUUACUGGUAAACCAAUAGAAAUACCCUGUAUGGGUCCUUUUUGUCAUACAAAUGUGGAAAGCUUCCGACACUAUCUUUCAGUGUUCCAUCAUCUGAAGGACAUUGCUUUUUCCUAUUUUUUUAUAUCAGUUUUAAAAAUGAAACAAGGCGGAAAUCGAUGAAAUACGAAUAUUUUCACAACCAAAGAAUAAGGAUGUUGUAAACCAAACAAUACCACCAAUGCCGACUGACCUAAUGUAUUCUGUGUACAUAACCUCACAAAAUUAAGGAAUUAAACCAAGAAGUUUAAAGUUGGGGAACUCUAAGUUCAAUUUUAAUUUAAAUCUGCAUGAACUACAAGUACCAUUUCAGUGUCUUUCAACUAGUAAUUCAAUUUAUUAGCUCAAUUUUAAUUCUGUCCGUAUAAACAAUUUUUAAAUUUUUCCCAGUGUAUUGGAAUCUAAUGAUUCUGUUUCUUUCCGGUAAAAAUUUUCUGGGAUCUAUUUCUGUUGACCUCAUAAUAUGUGACAUGAAUUCAAAUUUUUAUCCAUGUACUUUUCAAAUUCUAUAGACUGUUAUAUGCAAUGUAUAUUUAUUUUAAAGUAUGAUCAAAUUUUAUAGAUAUUUUUUUAUUUAUUUAAAGAAUUAAUAAAAGCUUUUA